ACGCUCUGCGCGAACGCCCGAAACUCAGGCUCAAAGUGUCUUCUGCUGCCGCUGCUGCCGCCCCCCACUCCACCUCCGGGAGAGAACCCAAAGAAAUGGUGUUACCUGGCAAGAGAUCUUCACUCUUCUAUGAAAAAUCAGACCAAGAGCUCUGAAGCCAGCAAAGCAAUAUCCAAGAGCAGAGCUGUUUGAGGAAUACAGCAAGAAAGCAGAGUUUCAGAGAGGGAUAUCAGGCCUUUAGGGUGAAGAUACAUCGAUAUUAGACCAGGAAUCAUUGGCAGUGACUUUUGGGCACAAAAAAUUGGAAAAUUGUACAACUGCGAAGGUUGAUCAUGGAAAUCAAAGAGGAAGGCCCGUCAGAGGAAGGCCAGCACUUUCUUCCCACACCCCAGGCAAAUGACACCGGGGACUUUCAGUUGACAAGUAUUCAGAAGUCACCCAAUGAACCACAGUUGGAAUUUAUCCUUGCAUGCAAGGAUCUGGUGGCUCCUGUCCGUGAUCGGAAGCUGAAUACCCUGGUGCAGAUCUCGGUAAUCCACCCCGAGGAGCGGGGGCUGACAAGGUACUGCAGCACGGAGAUUGUGGAGGGAACAAGGGACCCGCUGUUUUUGACGGGCGUCACCUUCCCAUCUGAGUAUCCCAUCUAUGAGGAGACCAAAAUAAAGCUCACAGUCUAUGAUGUCAAGGAUAAGUCUCACGACACCGUUCGAACCAGUGUCCCGCCUGAACAUAAGGAUUCCCUGCCAGAGAGUGGGCGAAGCUUCCUGGGCUAUGCCAGCUUUAAAGUGGGGGAACUGCUGAGGUCAAAGGAGCAACUGCUAGCCCUGAGCCUGAGAACUUCCGAUGGUGGCAAAGUUGUUGGCACCAUAGAAGUCAGUAUCGUGAAGAUGGGGGAGAUUGAGGAUGGGGAAGCCGACCACAUCACAACAGACGUGCAGGGACAAAAGUGUGCACUGGUAUCUGAAUGUACAGCCCCAGAAAGUGUGAGCGGAAAAGACAACUUACCUUUUUUGAAUGCAGUGUUAAAGAACCCGGUGUGUAAAUUAUAUAGAUUCCCCACAUCUGACAACAAGUGGAUGCGAAUCCGGGAGCAGAUGUCGGAGAGUGUACUGUCUUUUCAUGUUCCUAAGGAACUGAUCUCUCUUCACAUAAAGGAAGAUCUGUGUAGAAACCAGGAACUAAAAGAACUUGGUGAGCUUUCUCCACACUGGGACAAUCUACGGAAAAAUGUCCUUACUCACUGUGAUCAAAUGGUGACUAUGUACCAAGACAUUCUGACCGAACUCAGCAAGGAAACAGGGUCCUCUUUCAAAUCAAGCAGCAGCAAAGGAGAGAAAACAUUAGAAUUUGUUCCAAUAAAUCUACAUCUGCAGAGGAUGCACGUACACAGCCCUCACUUGAAAGAUGCUCUCUACGAUGUUAUCACGGUGGGAGCCCCCGCUGCCCAUUUUCAGGGAUUUAAGAAUGGUGGUCUUCGGAAACUACUCCACAGAUUUGAAACGGAGAGAAGAAAUACUGGGUACCAGUUUAUUUACUAUUCACCUGAAAACACAGCCAAAGCAAAAGAAGUUCUCAGCAACAUCAAUCAACUCCAGCCUCUGAUAGCAACCCAUGCAGACCUACUGCUUGAUUCUGCAAGCCAGCAUUCUCCAGACAGUUUGAAGAAUUCUUUAAAGAUGCUUUCAGAAAAAACAGAGCUUUUUGUUCAUGCCUUCAAGGAUCAGCUGGUCAGAAGCGCUCUGUUAGCACUUUACACUGCCAGGCCAGGAGGUGUCCUUAAAAAGCCACCCUCUCCAAAGGACAGUGCAGAGGAGAGCUGUCCCCAGGGGUCGUCCUCGCCGAUGAGAAGGCAGGAUUCCAUACCCCAUCAUUCAGACUAUGACGAGGAAGAGUGGGAUAGGGUGUGGGCCAACAUGGGGAAGAGCCUGAACUGCAUUAUUGCCAUGGUGGAUAAGCUCAUCGGAAGGGACAGCGGGAGUGAAGGCAGCGGUGGCAGCAAGGACGGGGAACAGGACCCUUCGGUUGUGGACUCCAUUGUAACUCACCCAGGGGAGGACUGGUAUGAACAGCUGUACCCGCUCAUCCUGACCCUGAAGGGCUGCAUGGAGGAAGUGGUGAAUCGAGCCAAGCAGUCCCUGACCUUCGUGCUCCUCCAGGAGCUGGCGUACAGCUUGCCCCAGUGUCUGAUGCUGACCCUGAGAAGGGACAUCGUCUUCAGCCAAGCACUUGCUGGAUUGGUUUGUGGUUUCAUCAUCAAGUUACACACAAGUCUGCAUGACCCUGGCUUCCUACAGCAGCUUCACACAGUGGGACUGAUAGUGCAAUACGAAGGCCUGCUAAGUACAUACAGUGAUGAGAUCGGAAUGCUGGAGGACAUGGCGGUGGGCAUUUCUGAUUUGAAGAAAGUCGCCUUUAAAAUAGUUGAAGCCACAUCCAAUGACGUCUUGCCGGUGAUCACAGGGAGACGUGAACAUUACGUGGUCGAGGUGAAGCUUCCAGCGAGAAUGUUUGAGUCUCUUCCUCUACAGGUUAAAGAAGGGCAGUUACUCCAUGUGUAUCCUGUACUUUUUAACAUCGGUAUCAAUGAACAGCAAACUCUUGCUGAGAGGUUUGGAGAUGUUUCUUUGCAGGAAAGUAUUAAUCAGGAAAAUUUUGAACUUCUCAAAGAAUAUUACACAAUAUUUAUGGAAAAGAUGCCUCCUGAUUACAUUUCACAUUUUCAGGAACAACAUGAUUUAAAAGGAUUACUAGAAAAUCUCCAUCAAAAUAUUCAAGCCAAAAAAAGGAAGAAUGUAGAAAUCAUGUGGCUGGCUGCCACGAUUUGUCGCAAACUCAAUGGCAUUCGUUUCACCUGUUGUAAAAGUGCCAAAGACAGGACGUCGAUGUCAGUGACACUCGAGCAGUGCUCCAUCCUGAGAGACGAGCAUCAGCUGCACAAGGACUUCUUUAUCCGCGCCCUGGACUGCAUGCGAAGCAGACAAACCCAGGGAGCCCUGAGUGAAUCCGAUGAUCCUGAAACAGGCUGUCUCUCUGAUAACAAGCCAACUUCUCGACACUUCUAUCCUGUCGCCUUGCUGCUUGUCAGCUCACACCUGCUAGUUGUGUGGCUUAUUUUAAGUCUUGCGUUACUCUUAGCCAAAUACCAAUAAGUUUUAUGUUGUAUUCCUUUCUUUUCUACAAGUGACAAUGGACUUUACAUUAUGGGGACAAUGCUGUAACAUUUCUACAUUUUAAGAUUCAGAGAAUUUAAAACUAACAGUU